CUUGGGCUGAGCCCUUAGAAGCAGCCAUUUUGUGAGAUGACUAGCAGGGUGCCGGUUAUGCCGCUGCACUCUCUGUGUCCAGAAAUGUGAGCCUGUCAAGUCUGGAGUACAACCAGAGCCCAGAGGGUGCCUGGCUUCUGCAUCAAAGGAGGUAUCAAUUUUGACCAGGAAUCCAGAAUAUAGCCUCUUGCCAAGAACCUGGACAGUAAAAGUAUGUGGAACCUGGUACACCUAACCAUUCUUCAAGACCUGUGAUUUCAUCCUUGUCAGCUGCACAUUUUCCUGCAUCUGUUUCCAAAGAAACCCAGCAUGGAUCCUCGCCAGAACAACCGGAAUGUCAACCAGGACAGCACUCAGUCACAAAGGGAGACAAGAGACCUGGAGGGUGCUCAAGUUGAGGAAGGGGAAGGAGAUGCCAUUUCCACAACCUCAGGAGAUGUGCUGAGUUCAUCCCAGAGUGCUCGGAGAAGCUCCCCUGGAAUAGUACCAUCUGUUGCGGCCUCUGACAGCCAAGACUCAUCUACUCAGGCCACACUCAAUAGUAAAACAAUUGAUGUAAUUCUCUUCUUGCUCCUUAAGUAUAGGAGAAAGCAGCAGACAUGUAAGGCAGAGAUUUUGUAUACAGUCAUCCGAGGUUAUGAGGAGCACUUCCCUGCCAUCUUUGCUAAGGCAUCUGAGUGCUUGAGGCUGGUAUUUGGCCUUGAAAUAAUAGAAAGAAACCCCCGUAAGCACAGCUACUCUCUUGUCCAUGCUCUUGGGCUCACCUAUGAUGGUAUGCAACAUGGUUUUCGAGGUGUACCUAAGAUAGGCUUAGUAAUCAUCGUGCUAUGCAUCAUCUUCAUAGAGGACAAUUGUGCCAGUGAGCAGGAGUUAUGGCGUAUAUUGAAUAACAUGGGGAUAUAUGCAGGGAGAGAUCAUUUGGUAUAUGGGGAUCCAGGAAUUCUCGUUACUGAGCAUUUUGUGCAGGAGGGUUAUCUAGAGUGCAGACAGGUGCCAGAUAGUGAUCCUCCUACUAAAGAGUAUCUGUGGGGUCCGAGGGCAUAUGCUGAAACCACCAAACUGAAAGUAUUUAAGUUUUUUGCCAGCAUCGUUAAACAGGAUCCCACAUCCUACCCCAAUAUGUAUGCAGAGGCUUUGAAAGAUGAGCUAGAGGAGAGUUAGGCCAGGUUCACCCAACAGAUGGUAUUUGCUCUGACUAGCACACAUUCCAGCACUGGCCAUUUCCAUCCAACAUCAGGCCAGGCAGUCUACAUACUGUACCCUCAUUUGAGAGCUGAAAAGAGGGGCCAGGUUCACCCAACAGAUGGUACUAUGUUCUGACUAGCACACAUUCCAGCACACUGGCCAUUUCCAUCCAACAUCAGGCCAGGCAGUCUACGUACUAUACCCUCAUUUGAGAGCUGAGAAGAGGGGCCAGGUUCACCCAACAGAUGGUACUAUGUUCUGACUAGCACACAUUCCAGCACACUGGCCGUUUCCAUCCAACAUCCGGCCAGGCAGUCUACGUAUUGUACCCUCAUUUGAGAGCUGGAAAGAGGGGACUGUGAACCAUUCCAUUCUUCCUGUACUGACUGUGACUCAUAGUUUCUUGUUACAAAAUGUUGCUACUUUUACUCCAAGGCUCAUUAACUGGACACUUUUAAGUUCAUAAAUGUCAUCAACAACGUA